ACGCAUUUCCUGCGUGUUCUCUCUAGCGUCGCUGCAGCCAUGGUGAGCUACUGUCCCAUCUGCGGAAAGCCCGUCUAUUUCGGUGAGAAGAAAAGGUCUCUUGGGCGGGAUUAUCACCCACUGUGCCUGAAGUGCCACAGGUGUAAGAGACAGCUCACUCCUGGCCAACAUGCAGAGCACGAUGAGAAGCCCUACUGCACAAACUGCUACAUGAGAGACUUUGGACCUAGAGGUGGUAGAGGACCACUGAAUCGUACCUGUAACACUGCUGCCUCUUAAGACAUAUGUAUCUGUAGCACCUGUAACAUCUCCAUCCACCUCCACAACAUCCCCAAACUGCUAGAACUUGGUCUACACCUGUUAGAUCUCCAUCAUCAACUGCUACAACCUGGUCAUUAUCUCCAUCCUCAACUGUUAGAUCUCCAUUCGGAAUUUGUAAACUUUGUCUACAUCUGUUAGAUCGCCAUUUCAAAAUGCUAGAACCACAUCCACACCUGCAAGG